CGCUGGUUCUCCUCCCGUGUGGACUCGCUUGCCCUCAGUCUGAUCUGCCCGCCCUGCCCUGCCCUGGCCUGCCCACAAACUCGAUCCCGCGAGCGUCCCGCCAUGAACAUUGCUGCCUCAUUUCGGAACAUCCCGCCAGUGACCCGGAGCAUAUCCUUCCUGGCGCUGCUCCUGUUCCUGCUCGGUCUCCUGUCGCUCUAUUUCCCCUCGUUCGUCUCCUACCUCUCCGUCACCGCCAACCACUCGCUAUGGUUCUUCUGGACAUUCAUCACCGCCGGACUAUUCGAAGUCAAUCCGAUCCUGUUUGUGAUCCACACCGCUGCCCUGACCCUGUCGGGCAAGUAUCUCGAACAGGCCUGGGGUGGAAAAGAGUUCUUUCGAUUCAUCAUGAUCGUCAAUGUGCUCUCUUAUAUCGGCGUGUUCCUGACCAUGGUCGUGGAAUACGCCGUGGACUCCCGUGACUCGGAUGCAGACCAACUAAUCGAGGCACACGCCAAUGGCUUGAUUGCUCUCAUGUUUGCCUUUAUGGUUGCCUUCAAGCAGCUGGUCCCCGAGUAUUCUAUUGGAAUCUUCAAGGUCAUUUCGAUUCGCGCCAAGCAUCUUCCGUCGAUCGUCCUGCUUGCCUACUUUAUCCUCUUUGUGCUGGGCAUCCUGCACACCCAGUACUACGUGGCUCUGUACGCGACCCUGACGGCCUGGAUCUACCUGCGAUUCUACAAAAAGCAAGACGGAAUCGCUGGCGACCGAAGCGAGACCUUCUCCUUUGCGAGCUUCUUCCCCGAGUUCCUCCACGUCAUCAUCCACCCGAUCUCCAACUCGGUCUUCAACCUGCUGGUGUCCAUCCACGUGUGCGCCCCGUUGAUGCCUACAUACUCGGAGAUCUUCAACGGAGAUGAUCUGGAGGUUGGCAAGACGAUGUCCAAGCCCGCCGCCAAGGCCGACUUCAACAGCCGACUGGCGGAUGCCGAGCGCAGAAGGGCAUUGGCGCUGCGUGCCUUGGAUAUGAGAAUGCAGUCCGUUGCGACCGAGAGUGCCUCGCGAGGCAUUUCGUCGCCGCCAUCCCCGCUCAGCGCCCGCAAAGUCAACUCGGCCGGCGACGCCCCCUCUCAAAACGUCGAUUCCUCAUUUGAUCUACGAAACGAUCAGGAAACGUCUUCGACUCCCAAGUCUGGGCUGCUGUCCCACAUGCAGGACCACUGAGCUUUGCCGGAUUAAAGCCCAUUUGUCCAGCCCAUGGGAUUUGCAGCUGCCACCGCCGUCGUCUCGGCGGCAUGUGGUGGAUCAACUGGAGA